AUGGAGAUGAACAAUCUGAGAACGGAAUCUCAUGUAGCCCAGAAAAGCCGGCGACAUAAGCUCAGAUUUCAGCACAACUCCGACGACCCCAACCACCAACAUUUAUCACAAGACCCUCAUUUUGAACUUCAUCGACCUGCCAGAUACGGAUCCAUAUCAUACGAUCCGAGUGUAUUCCCAUCUGAAAUGCUUAAUUCUAUUGCUAGUAAUCCACACCUUUUGUUACCUCCCAGCCAUGCUUUUCUUUCCCAUGAUCAAGAUUCGGCUACUGGUUCUUCUCCGGCGAGUUUUCCCCACUCGGUAUCGUGUAAAGUGAUCGCCGACAACCCACAAAACGGCGGCAAUUGGAAAAGUGUUGUUAGUUCUUCUCAAAGCCAACUCCAAGUUAACAGUGAUAGUUGGAAUGUUGUUAGUUACUCGAAUGGUGGAGCUUCUUCGAAACCGACUUAUGGGUAUAAUCAAGAUUUGCAAAACAUUCAUUUGGGUGAUCAGAAAAACUACGGCGAAGUUCCGGCGUUCGGUUCGACACCGUAUUACCAUAACACUCUCCAAGAGGUUGUUACAUCGGCCACCGUUGGAACCCAUGUUCAUCAAAGCAAGAAUUUUUUGGAGAUCAGUCAGUCGAUUCCUUGUUGGAUGAAUACUUCCGACCAAUUAGGGUUUAUAGCAAAUAGAAAUAAUGAUCAUAGAGAAGGAACAAUGAUGGGUGCUACAAAUGAGAACAAUUGCAUCACACAGGGCUUGUCUUUAUCACUUUCAUCCGUUCCUCAACCGAAAACCGAGUUUCCAAACAUACAUUCGGGUCCGAAAGCAGCUUUAAAGACUGAUCUUUUAGCGAAUUCAGACUCGAAACAGUUGAUGGGGAUGUCUUCUUUUGCUCAUCGGAAUGUUGGCCCACUUGGUCCUUUCACAGGUUAUGCCACAAUUCUUAAGAAUUCAAAGUACUUGAAGCCAGCACAAGAAUUAUUGAAUGAUAAUUGUGAUGUUGGGGGUCAUGAGUUAGUUCAAUCAUGUGACAACACUCACAAGAUUCUUGAUGAAGAAAUGAGUAGAGUUUCCGGCGAGUCGGGUACCUCCGGUGCCUCAUCUUCCACCAUUUACGGUUCAAAUGAACAUAUAACUGGCCGGAGCAGCUCUCUUCCUGAAUCAUAUCGGCCGGAGUUUCAUCAAAAGAAGGCCAAGUUACUAUAUAUGCAGGAGGAGGUAUGCAGAAGGUACCGGCAGUAUCAUCAGCAGAUGCAAAUGGUGAUUUCGUCUUUUGAAACAGUUGCAGGGCUUAGUUCGGCAACACCUUACGUUUCUUUGGCUCUUAAGGCGGUGUCACGCCAUUUUCACUGUGUCAAGUGUGCCAUUUCUGAGCAACUCACCCAGAUGAAGAAAACGUUCGAAGACUUGUGUUCUCCGACCGUUGGUGCGAGCAGUAGUAAGAAUUUUGAUGCUAAUUCGACUGAUACGUUGUCUCAGUUGAAGUCUAUGGAUCAUAACUACCAAAGACAAGGAAAAUCUGGUGGAUUCUUUGGGAACCAACAACCGGUGUGGCGGCCUCAGCGUGGCCUUCCUGAACGUGCAGUCUCGGUUCUAAAAGCUUGGCUCUUUGACCAUUUUCUUCACCCGUACCCUUCGGAUGCGGACAAGCACAUGUUGGCCACUCAAACGGGAUUAACCCGAAAUCAGGUUUCAAACUGGUUCAUAAACGCCCGAGUGCGCAUUUGGAAGCCAAUGGUUGAAGAAAUCCACACUCUUGAAACGAAAGGGUUGGCGGACUCGAACACAAACAAUCCUACUCCAACCGACGGUCAAGACACGAGCCGGAUGGACAUGAGUUCACUGUCAAACAAGCAACAACCCGAAUGUUCAAGAACUUCUGGAACGUUAACCAUGAUGAACGGUCAAAAUGAACCAAAUGAACAACUAUGGGAUCACGAGAAACGUUCGAGGCCUGAGUAUCAGAUUCCACCAGCCACUAUGGAUCGAUCGUUUACAAGCAUCAUACCAUACCCGCGAACCACGUUCGAGGCAGGUGUUGGACCAGUCUCGCUUACGUUAGGACUCAGGCAGAACGCAGAACAUGUGCAACAGUUGCAGCAACAUGAACAUCAGCUUAGACAGCGGUUUGGAGGUCAGUUGAUUCAUGAUUUUGUGGGGUAACAUUUGUAAUUUUAUUGUGACAAAUAUUACUACUGUCGGUAUCAAGAAAAUCUAUUGAAGAUAAGUUGGAAAAAUUGUAUUUUUCAGGAAUUUAAUCAGAACUACGGUAGUUGUAUAUUGGUUUCCAGGGUUUUUGUAUGUUUCAGAAACCCUAAUCUUUGAUUUUGUAACUUUCUAAAU